GGCCUGGAGGAUAACAGCGGAGGAUUCAAACUGAACAUGGCUGCGGGUAAAGAUGUCGAUGAAAACACACACAACAGAAGAGGUACAGUGUGCAGUAUGGUGAUCAAUCAUGAGGAAUCACCGGGGGGCUCUCGUGCUGGCCGACCACCAGUCAUCUUCAACCCGGACUUUUUUGUGGAGAAACUCCGCCACGAGAACUCUGAUGUUUUCCUGGAGCUGGUGCUUAGUAACAUCACUCGCCUUAUCGAUCUUCCUGGGACCGAGUUUGCACAGCUCCUUGGUGAGGAGAACCCUAAGACCCCAACGGGUGGAAACGGAGGCUUCUUUCGCUCUUUCAACUUCCUCAAACGCAAAGAUAAAGGCGUUGUGUUUGGAACCCCGCUGACGGAGAGCUGCAUUGCCCAGAUCUACCAGCUCAUUGAGUACCUCACCAAAAAUCUGCACGUGGAGGGUCUGUUUCGGGUGCCGGGGAACAGCGUUCGGCAGCAGACCCUGAAGGAGCUCCUUAACAGCGGGGCCGAUGUCGACCUGGAGUCUGGAGACUUUCACCCCAACGACGUGGCCACGUUGCUCAAGACUUUCUUGGGAGAGCUGCCCGAGCCUCUGCUCACACACAGACACUUCCACGCCCACCUUAAGAUAGCUGAUAUGACUCUGUUUGACGAACACGGCAACAAGACUGCGAUACCUAACAAAGAGCGUCAAAUAGAGGCCCUGCAGCUUCUCUUCCUGCUGUUACCUCAGGCCAACCGCUCCCUGCUCAAACUGCUUCUGGACCUGCUCUACCACACCGCCAAGCAGCAGGACAAGAACAAGAUGUCCGCCUUCAACCUGGCUCUCAUGUUUGCCCCGCACGUCGUCUGGCCCAGACACAUGACAGCCGGUGACCUGAAAGACAAUCUGAAGAAACUGAACAACAGCAUGGCCUUCCUCAUCAAACACUCGCAGAAACUCUUCAGGGCUCCAGUCUACCUGCGGGAUUAUGCCAGGGUGCAUUUCACUGGGACCAAGGCUCUGCAGAUCAAGGAUGAUCUGGAGCUGCUGGCGGCGAGCAGCUCUCCUGCUCAGCGCAGAGCGUUGCCCCUGAAGAGGACGGCUGUCCUGGGCCCCAGCUCCCAGGAGCAGUGCCAAUCACCGUCUCAACAAUACACAGAAGAGGCUCUGAAGGAGCUCUUCAGACACGUCCACCACAACAUGCCGGACUCCGCCAAGAAGAAGAAACUCGUCCGACAGUUAGUUAAGCAGACAACCUCAGGGACACCUACAAAAGAGAACCAGCAGGCCCCCCCAGCUCCCGGCAAGAAACAUCCCCGUUCCCGCUCCUUUGGUGGCCUCAUCAAGCGCAGAGCUCGUGGUGAGCAGCUGACAGCAGAGAGGCGGGUUAGGCACAUCUCCCCCGAUGCUGUCACCAGGACAGGAAGAAAACCUGGUAAAGAGAACGUCAUCCUGCAGGCGGUUAACAGCCCAUUAAACGGUCCUGUGCUGGGGAAGGCGGGGCUGGUAGUAAAAAACCCAGACUUUGCUUUCAGUAAGGACAAAGCUCUGAAGGUCUCCAAGUUCUGUAAAUUCUCUUUUUCCAAGCAAACCAGGGCAUGAAAACUGAAUCUACACUGGCUCAGAAGUAACUAUCAUCCAUCCAUCCAUCCAUCCACCUCUUUUUCUCCCCUCCAUUCGUCUCUCAGCAGGACUCUCCCUCCGUGGCCAGGAUGUGUUUCUCUCCCGCUCAGCAGAUGUCAGUUUAAAACCCGACAACUCCUCCUCAUCUCGGACAGGACUCGGGCAGUAUUAUUGUUACUAUUCCUCUUGUUUGUCAUCCUGUUGUCAUCGUAGUGAGUCUGUUUUAACUGUGACUAAUAUAUAGCAGCCUAAGUCUGGUCGCAACAGCCAAACCAAAGCCAGGAACUCUUCUCUUCACUGCCGGACAUUCAUCUAGAGUUGCUUCAAUGGGAUGCAAUUAAUCUACUUUCAAUAGUAUAAAACAGUUAUGACCUCAGUUAUAAGUGUGAUAUCUGAUGACAGAUUUAUACUUCCAGAAAUACUUUUAAAAAAAUCCUUUCAGCUCCCUUCAAUGAUUUUACUUCUUUUAGCAUUCAGAUAACAGAAUAGUGGACGAUUCACAAUUCAGUAAAGAAAUAACAUGAAUAUGAAUGAAUAUUAGAUUAUUGGUCAGCCACACUUUUAACUGAAUAUAAGACAUUUAGUUUAUGAGAAAUAGAAUUCUUUGAUUCUAUUUUUUCAAAUGUUUAUACCACAUAAUCAAGUUUUAUUUGGGAAUCUUUCUGUUAUCAGAGUAGGUUUGUAUCUGGCUCAUUUCUAAUUAAGUGAGACUUUUUAUUCCUUUUUUUGAGAUGGGAUUGCAUGUUGAUCUGAUCAAUAAUCAGUCAUAAUAACUUUAUAUAUAAUAACCUCAAUAUUACCAUGCCAGAAAGAUCAUGUCUUAAAAUGUUCUAAACUAUUCACACAUAAGCAUUAAAGCUCCUCACAGUGCACGGCGCACUGUUUCUGAGUAAAGCCUUUAUUAGCUCUACGUGAAUGAACAGUAUGCAGGGUCUUUGCUUUGGUUCGGCUUCUCUGCCUCAGAUUACACCAGUUAUCACUUGAAACUCGUUUUUAUUAGCUACUGUAUCAGAAUCUAUGACCACUAGCAGGCUGAGCUAACUCUGCUGUAGAGUGUAGAAUAUGUAUACAUGUUGUACAGUGUGUGUGUGUGUGUGUGUGUGUGUGUGUGUGUUGGGUUUUUGGUACGAUAUGUUGUAACUCUUUGGUUACUGGAUGAUGAUUUGUCGGUAUGGUGCUGCAGAUGCAGAAUCGGUGAGCAGGUCACUUUAUUUUUCAAACGUUUCCUCCCGGAAUGAAACCCAGGAUUUAAUUCAUGAUCACCUUUUUAUUCCUCUUACAGGCUCGUUAAUUCUGAAAACAGUGACUGUUCGUGAAUCUGUCAAAUAUGAAAUGUUACGUUCUCAUGGGACUUUAUUUUUUAAAAACAUUUUACUUAUUUUUUUAAACUUUUUCUUCAGCUGCAUGAUGGAAGGUCCAUUUGUUUUACUUAUAUGGAAAGUGGUUGAGAGAUUGGUUACAUUGAUGGUUUCACCGAAAGUGUUUUUUGUAUGAGUUUCCUCUGGUUGAAAGGAGCAGUGAUCUGUUACAGUCAGGUCCUCUCUUCUUAACAUGGUGUGUGUUGGGUUUCUGAGGAGCACUGUGUUAGGAAGACGAUGAGUAAAGUAAGAGAGGAACUUGGUUGGACAUCAGACGGUGUCGCCUGUUUCAGCACAUUAUGCUAAAACACAAGCCUGUUACAGUUAUUAAUGUUGAACUGAAUGUGUGCCAUCCCAAUUGUUAAUUUAAACGGCUAAUAUGAAAAUUAUUAUAGGAUAAUUGUGAAUCAGAUCCAUAUGAAUCUUACAGAGAAGGAGUAAACAAUGGCAGUUUUUAAUUCUUGAUAAUUUCCUUUAACUGCUGGUAUGUUAAAAUACAUAUUCCUCAUGUGAUAUUCUACAAUUCAAACAACACGGCUGCGUUGUCGGUUUAUUGUUUGCAGAAACUAAAAACGUUACCUAAUGUCUUUAAAUAUCUGGGAUUAUUUUUCAUGUGCAGCUCUCCGUUCCUCCAGCUUUACUCUUCGUGGCUCGGCUUAACUGACUGUCUGCUCGCUUUGUUGAGUAGUGAGUACAGAUGCACCAGUUCCAGAUUUUCAGCACUGGGGACUAAAUUUUCCUCGAUGGAGAUGCUCUGCCCUGCUCGGGACCCCUCGGCAGGAGAGACGCUCCAUGACAUGAGCCUGAACCCGAACUGGCUCUGUAUUGAUUUGUUUUUGUAGAAUUUGAAAAUGAUGAUGGAGAAAUCUUCCUGUCCAUGUGUUAGGAAUCUGUUAUUGGUGCAUCCUGUUUUUGAAAGUGUUGUGGAUGUUGAAAUGAGCGGUUUGUUGAAAGUGAUUGAACAUGACCUGACAUGCCAGGUGCAGAUGGACACUAAAAGACCUUUCUUCUUCUUCUUCGUUUUACAGUGUAUUGUAAUAUUGUGCAAUGGUCUACCUGUUGGUCAGUUUAAAAUGAACCAGACUGAAUUCAUCCCCUUUUGAAACUGAAUUGGGAUUCUGUGUUUUUUGUUUUGUUUUUCUCUUCUCAUGACUUCUCCCUAUCCUUUCAGCUCUCUAUAGACUGCAGUUUUACAGGAGAGAGCUGAAUUGGAUUCUGUUGUAUUUAUUGACUACUGAUGGAAACAAAUGUCUUAUGUGGAUGGAAUUUAUAAACCAGAUUUUAGGUACUUAUUUUGUUGUUGCUUUCCCCUUUUUCCAAUUAUACUUGAGCCACCCAGAUGCGAGCAGUUACAUUCUGUGAAAUACUGUUUUAUGUUUGAAACACAAAAAGCCUCUCAGAGCCUGUUUGAAGUCUGUCAGUGUUUUUCUCUUUACGUAAAUGUGAAACAUUUAGUUACUGAUCUCUGCAUGCUGUACAUGGUCGCUGAUGAGUUCCUCCGUACGCUGUCGGAACAGCAGGGUUGGGGCCUUUUUAAAGUUCACCUGAAUGGUUACUUGCACCGUAUCUCUCUGUUGAAUGAGGGUCAGUGUGGAGGAACAUCACUUUUAAGUUUUAUUAAGUUAAAGGUGAUCGAUCUCUCAUUUGUCCACGUGUCAUGAUGAACUCAUCAGUGACUGUUGUACCUUCUGGUUUAAACUGUGGUAACCUUUUGUUUUUUUUUGUAUUUUAGUGUAAAAUAAGUUAACCCUGUACAUUGGAUUCCUUGGCGAACCGUCCGCUUUGGAUUAAAACCUUUUUAUGUUUCCUACAAAAAAAAA